AUGGAUCAACCCAAAGAACCGGACAAAAAUCGCAUUCGUUCAGUUCUCCCGACCAAGAGGUUCCCUAAUGGCCUUCUGAGACAGACUCAUCGCGAGCUAGCCCGUCUGUACGAGGCCCACGGCGAGACCGUCAUCACCUACUGGAAGGGGCUUGACCGAACUGGACGCGAGUUUGUGUUGAGAAACAGCUCUACGUGCCCUGUUCUCAGAACCGUCCAGUCCCUUGGCGCCGGGUUCUCCCACUUUCUCGGACCCGAAUGGAAUCACGAAGACAUCACCAAUCCAGAGAACAAUGUCUUCCUCGACGUCCUCAAACACCGCGCCACGAAAUCUCUCACCCACCAAUUCACCAUCGGCGCUAAUGGCUCACAAGGCGACUGCGUCUUCACCUGCGCAAGAUUCGCCGAACAUCUCAUUCCAUGUCUGGAGCACUUCGACGGCGAUGUCAUGGUAUUUGAGGACUGUGAAGAGUACCCUCGCACCGACGACAUCGUUGCCUACUGGGAAGCCAUAGCCGGCGUCAGAACAGAUCGUCAUCUGUGGGUACCCGGACCUGUAGGCGAGCUGAUCGUAGCGAGACAGAUGUUCUGGGUAGAGAUUCUUCAUCGCGCCCUCGUCACCAUCCUCACAGCCCUGGCCACAGGUCGCAAACACCCAAAGUGCACAUGCCACGAACACGACAAGGGAGAGGUGCAUGGUAACGAGGUUCUUCCCAAGCUCACGCUCACCAGCGACUCCGGACUCCGGCCCUUCAUCAACUUCAUCAAGGCCGAGGAAGAUGAGACGGUCAUCUGCCUCCCAGAGAAAGUCCCAGACGCCAGCGGGCGCAUACUAAGCGUGGAGGAACUGGACAGGCAUGUCGGGGCCUGCAUCUUCGAUCCCUACUACGCCGCUGAGAAGGACGCGACCACUUCUUACUACAUUCGCAUUCUGUUAUGCGCAAUCCACACGAUGGAAAACUCGCGAAAGACGGCCAAACGACGCGAAUUCCUGCUACAGGAGCUAUCCAACGUCCUUCACCUCAAGUUUCUGAAGUCUCUGGCGUACGUCAAACGAUGGAUCCAGUGCGGAAAAGCAGAGAGGUACUUUAAGCGUGUCCCAAACACCUACGACCACUUGGGCAGUGAGGUUGUCGUCUUCAAGGAUCGAGUCAUUGACAGCAAGAAUCCCAAAAUAUACUACGGAAUGCAGCUCUGCAAGCCAGGAUUGACCCACAGACAUGCCAGCUUUUGGCUCUCGAAGCUGGCUCCGUAUUACAAGAACAAAAUCCCAGGAACCGCAACCAUGGUUCCCGAGGGCGUCGAGAUCUCGGAGUUCCAUACAAGCAUCAACCUCUCGAACCUCAAUCUGCUCGUGAGCUUCAUCUCCGACCUGGACAAACAGCUGUGCCUCCCGCCCGUGAGCGAUACGAAAGGGCAGCUGUACAUCUCACGCGUCGACCAGCUGGAAGCCGAGCUUGCCACCGUCAAGAGAAACUUGGACAUCCGUAGAAUCGUACCCGACAUUGACCGGCUAGCGGAGCCUCUCGUCGCUUCCGCGGCGAGGGACAAGGUCGCCGAUGCAAUUGAGGAGAAGCUGGGCACCUGCCUUGCACAACGCUACUGGAACCUGGUGCAGAGCUGCGUCGACAACUUUCCUGAUCUCGGUGAUUAUGAGAGCAGCAGGGUCAACUUUGACGUCUGUUUCCCCAAGUCGUCGUGUCAUUGUGACUCGGACAAGUCGACUGAGCCUGCUAAGAAGAAGAAGAAGAAGCCAAAGAAGAAGAAGGCGAAGAAAGUCACAGAGCCGUCCGAUGUCCUGCCGGAGCUUGAGGAGGACCAUGAUGCCUGGGUCAACGAUUUGAAUACCCCGUGGCUUUCAAAGGCUGACGGGGAUUCUUCGUGGGAUGAGCUUGCGACUUCCGUGACCGGAUCCCUCUCCCUGAAUGAGCCUGAGCUCGAUCUUCCCAUCAAUGGUGUCCCCAUCAACACUUCGCAGGACUCGGCCAACUCUGAAUCUGAACUCGCUAACACCGAGCCGCAGGCUUCUGAUCCCUGGGCGAACUUCCCUGAGGCCUCAGGUAGCGUUUCUGAUGCUGCGACCACGCCAACCGAAGCCAGCUUCGGCGACUCUCUUGAAGAAGAUGACCACGAGCAUGAGGACAAUGAUGGAGACGAUGAGCAGCGGGACGAGCACCAGGAUCCCGACGAGGACGAACAGGGAAUCGUGCAAGGUCCCCGCAACCAAGACGCCAGCCUCCUCGCCAAACCUGACGCCGGAGACGGACCCUCGACUCCCCCCCAAGAUGUCAUCUACGUCAGCGCCCGAACAGCAACCGUCAUGGCAACAAUGUUCGACAAGUCCCUCCACCAGGGAUCCCUCACCUGGCCAGAGUUCAUAGCCGCCAUGGUCGAAGUAGGCUUCACCACCGACAAGAAAAAGGGCUCCGCAAUUGCCUUCGUGCCCCAGCCGCGAGAAGACGGCAGCCCCAGGUGGAAGCAGUCAAUUCAGUUCCACAUCACCCACGGUAGCGCGUCGUCGAGGGUCGAGGGGUAUCGGUCGCGCAAGAUGGCUCAUAGGUUGACGAAGGCUUUUGGCUGGAAUGCAAAGACGUUCCAGAUUGCUUGA